GCAGCUUUGUGUUCACAGCGCAGGUCAGUCAGCUUGCUUAACCUGCUGGUACCAACAACACACUCCCUUAGCCGAACUCUCCAGAGUGGAUUUCUCCCAACAGAAAGAGGCUUCUUUUGCGGUUUUGCUCCUGUUUUCUCCUUGCUUCUCAAGUGUCUUUCUCUUUUUUUUCUUCUUCUUCUUCUUCUUCUUCCUAACGCUCUUAACCAGUAAUUAAACACAACACGAAGAGACGGGGGAGAGCCUUUAUCAGUGUUUCAUUAAAACCUCAGGGUUGGCGUGGAAAUGACAAGCGAGAAACCGGUGGCAAUGCCGGGCUCGCUGUCGCUCUCGGACCGUCAGCCUGCUCCAGGUCACGGGCAUCGCGGAGCUGCGGUCCCCGCUGUUGCCACCGGGAAGCCAAUGAUGAUGUCCGGCUCAGGUUCAGUGGUCCUCCCGGCAGGCAUGAUCAACCCUGCGGUUCCCAUCCGGAAUAUCAAGAUGAAAUUUGCUGUUCUGAUUGGACUCAUCCAGGUCGGCGAGGUUUCUAACCGGGAUAUUGUGGAGACGGUGCUCAAUCUGUUGGUGGGGGGAGAGUUUGACCUGGAGACAAACUUCAUUAUUCAGGAUGCUGAGAGCAUUGGCUGCAUGGUGGAGCUGCUGGAACACUGUGAUGUCACCUGCCAGGCUGAGAUCUGGAGCAUGUUCACUGCCAUUCUUCGAAAAAGUGUUCGAAAUCUGCAGACGAGCACUGAAGUGGGGCUCAUCCAACAGGUGCUGCUCAAAAUGAGCUCAGUGGAUGACAUGAUUGCAGACUUACUGGUGGAUAUGUUGGGUGUAUUGGCCAGCUACAGCAUCACAGUGAAGGAACUGAAGUUGCUCUUCAGCAUGCUCCGAGGAGAAGGUGGCCUUUGGCCAAAGCAUGCAAUCAAAAUGCUGUCGGUGUUAAAUCAGAUGCCGCAGAGACAUGGUCCGGACAUCUUCUUCAACUUUCCUGGUCGCAGCGCAGCAGCAAUUGCUUUGCCUCCCAUUGCUAAGUGGCCUUAUCAGAGCGGGUUUACAUUCAACACUUGGUUCAGAAUGGAUCCUCUGAAUAAUAUCAAUGUAGACAAGGACAAACCAUAUCUCUACUGCUUUCGCACCAGCAAAGGCAUUGGCUAUUCUGCGCAUUUUGUCGGGAAUUGUUUGAUUGUCACAUCGCUGAAGUCCAAAGGCAAAGGCUUCCAACACUGUGUGAAGUAUGACUUUCAGCCCAGGACGUGGUAUAUGAUCAGCAUAGUUCACAUCUACAGCCGCUGGAGGAACAGUGAAAUCAGAUGCUACGUAAACGGACAGCUCGUUUCUUAUGGGGACAUGGCAUGGCACGUCAACACAAAUGAUAGCUAUGAUAAGUGCUUCCUCGGGUCUUCAGAAACAGCCGAUGCAAACAGAGUGUUCUGUGGGCAGCUAGGAGCUGUCUACGUAUUCAGUGAAGCUCUCAAUCCGGCACAGAUUUUUGCAAUUCAUCAGCUAGGACCAGGCUAUAAGAGUACGUUUAAGUUCAAGUCGGAGAGUGAUAUCCACUUAGCAGAGCAUCACAAGCAGGUGUUGUACGACGGUAAAUUGGCAGGCUCCAUCGCCUUCACCUAUAACGCCAAGGCCACCGACGCACAGCUUUGCCUGGAGUCCUCGCCUCGUGAAAACGCCUCUAUCUUUGUGCACUCACCGCACGCCCUUAUGCUUCAGGAUGUGAAAGCCACAGUUACACACUCCAUCCACAGUGCCAUCCACUCUGUUGGUGGUAUCCAGGUACUCUUUCCACUUUUUGCUCAGCUGGACUUUCAUCAGUCAAAGGACAGCCAGGUGGAAACUACAGUCUGUGCCACUCUCCUAGCCUUUUUGGUUGAGCUGCUGAAGAGUUCUGUGGCCAUGCAGGAGCAGAUGCUGGGAGGAAAGGGCUUUUUAGUGAUUGGGUACCUGCUAGAGAAGUCUUCUCGUGCACACAUCAGCAGGGCUGUUUUAGAGCAGUUCCUCUCCUUUGCAAAGUAUCUUGAUGGCCUGCCACAUGGAGCGCCACUGCUGAAACAGCUGUGUGAUCACAUCCUGUUUAAUGCAGCAAUUUGGAUCUAUACCCCAGCCAAGGUUCAGCUUUCAUUAUAUACAUACCUUUCUGCUGAGUUCAUUGGCACAGCUACCAUUUACAACACAAUCCGUCGGGUUGGUACGGUCCUUCAGCUCAUGCAUAUGCUGAAAUACUACUACUGGGCCUCCAAUCCCGCAGACAGUAGUGGCAUCACACCAAAGGGAUUAGAUGGGCCGAGGCCAAACCAGAAAGAGGUAAUCUCUCUGCGGGCGUUCAUGCUUCUCUUCCUCAAACAACUCAUUCUGAAGGAUCGGGGUGUGAAGGAGGAUGAAUUGCAGAGCAUCCUCAACUAUUUGCUAACAAUGCAGGAGGAUGAAAACCUGCAUGAUGUGUUGCAGUUGGUGGUAGCUCUCAUGUCUGAGCAUCCAGCUUCCAUGAUCCCUGCUUUUGACCAGAGAAAUGGAAUACGGGUAGUCUACAAGCUCUUGGCCUCUAAGAGUGAAAAUAUUCGUGUACAAUCCCUCAAAGUACUUGGAUAUUUUCUGAAGCACUUGGGACACAAAAGGAAGGUGGAAAUCAUGCACACACACAGCCUUUUUACUCUUCUGCACGAGAGGCUUAUGCUGCACACCAACACUGUGUCUGUUACAACUUACAACACCCUUUAUGAGAUUUUGACAGAGCAGGUGUGCACACAGGUAGUUCACAAACCUCAUCCUGAGCCUGACUCCACUGUCAAGAUUCAGAAUCCAAUGAUUCUCAAGGUUGUAGCAAAUUUACUGAAGAGCUCCGCCCCCGGCACAGAACUGAUGGAGGUUCGGCGGCUCUUCCUUUCGGAUAUGAUCAAACUCUUCAGCAGCAGUCGAGACAACAGACGGUGUCUGUUGCAGUGCUCUGUAUGGCAAGACUGGAUGUUUUCUCUCGGCUACAUUAACCCCAAAAACUCAGAAGAACAGAAAAUGACUGAGAUGAUGUACAACAUAUUCCGUAUUCUGCUUUAUCAUGCCAUCAAGUAUGAAUGGGGAGGAUGGCGUGUGUGGGUGGACACUCUCUCUAUAGCCCACUCUAAGGUGACGUAUGAGGCGCACAAAGAAUAUUUAGCAAAGAUGUAUGAAGAGUACCAACGUCAGGAGGAGGAGAACAUAAAGAAAGGGAAGAAGGGUUUGGUCAGCACCAUCUGUGGUCUCUCUGCUCAGACCUCAAACAUCAAAGGUGUGAUUGAGAUCGGAGAAAUUGAUGAUCAUUCCCAGACCCCCGACAGCGAGGCAGACUAUGAGAGUGCCGAUUCGCGCAACCUGCUGACUGAAGGGAAGGGGUCUGAGGGAGACUUCGGGGGAUCUGAGAAUACAUUAGAUGGAGUCAGAGUUGCAGUUCAUGACCUUCUUGUGGACAUCAAAGCUGAAAAGGUGGAAGCUACAGAGGUGAAGAUGGAUGAUACAGAGCUGUCUUCAGAGACAGUGGGAGUAUCUGAGAACCGGCCUCUGGUUGAGGUGGAUUCUCUGUUGGAUAAUGUUUACUGUGCCGUUGUGAGGAAGCUCGACAAUAAUGUCAGCAGUAUGUUGAUGCCAAAGGGCAGCAUGAAUGACCAGAAUGCUGCCCCUCUCAUUACACUGGAUGAUGAGAAGGACGACAUCCCUCACAGUAACAAUUUCCUGUUUGGCAAGGUGACGGGCAGCAUUGAGGACAAUCUCCUACCGGAUCUGAGCCUAGCUGAGCCUCUGGUCCUGCCGAGGUCAGAGCUUUCCGAUCACACUGGAUCCAGGGAUGAAAUUGGCCUUCUGGCUCACAUGACUGGCUCCUUACCCAGCAUCUUGGCAAAGGAGGAGUUUGAACUCAAAAAAGUGCUUGAAAACAUGAACUCAGAAACUGAAGGCUUUUCCAAAAUCCCACAGACCUCUGAUGAUACAACAGAAUUUGAAGGGGAAUUGCUGGUUGAUAAGACGAAUGGUGCAGUAGAGAUGAGGAGCAACGCCUCUGAAACCGCAAGGUCAGAUGAUGGCAAAGAGAAGGAGAUGAAAAAGAUUCAGACAACAGCCACAACACAGAGUUUGCAUGGACGCCCAGUCUCUCAGCUGGAAAAGGACAUACGAGCGGACCUUGGCUUUAGGGCCGUCCCCAUAACAGAGGAACAGCGACAUCAGUUCAGCCCUGGUCCCCGCACUACAAUGUUCCGUAUUCCAGAGUUCAAAUGGUCACCCAUGCACCAGAGACUGCUCACUGACCUGCUAUUUGCUCUGGAGAGUGAUGUCCAUGCCUGGAGAAGCCACUGCACCAAAUCUGUCAUGGACUUUGUUAAUAGCAAUGAAAACAUCAUUUUUGUCCACAAUACUAUCCAUCUCAUCUCCCAAAUGGUAGACAACAUAAUCAUCGCCUGUGGAGGGAUUUUGCCCCUUCUUUCUGCAGCCACCUCUCCCUCUACUGUCAAGACUGAGUUGGAGAACAUUGAGGCGACGCAGGGCAUGUCCUCAGAAACCGCCAUCACUUUCUUGUCUCGUCUCAUGGUUAUGGUGGACGUUUUGGUGUUUUCGAGCUCCUUGAACUUCAGCGAGAUCGAGGCUGAGAAGAACAUGUCCUCUGGUGGUUUGAUGCGCCAGUGCCUCCGACUGGUCUGCUGUGUGGCUGUUAGGAACUGUCUGGAGUUUAGACAGAGGCACAACAACAGGACUCAGGAAAUCUUGCAGAAUGCUGUGACCUGCAAGACAUCUGGGGAAACUGGCCCUACUAACCUGUCUCCAAUCAAAGAUCCUGAUCGGCUGCUGCAGGAUGUGGACAUCAACAGACUGCGAGCUGUUGUGUUUCGUGAUGUGGAUGACAGUAAACAAGCCCAGUUCUUGGCUUUGGCUGUUGUGUACUUCAUCUCUGUCCUCAUGGUUUCCAAAUACCGCGACAUCCUUGAGCCUCAGUGUGAGUCUGGGAAGAUGAGCUGUCAGUUAGGCCGCAGCGUACGCCAGGAGAUCAACUCACCGACCAGCAAAGAAACACCACUUUCAUUCACAAGCAGUAAGGAGAUUUUUUUGCCAUCUGAAGACCUUCACAUAGAAACAUCCUUACCCCACACAGACUCUGGGAUUGGGGAUGAGCAGGUAGCCAGCAUCCUUAAUGGGUCUGGCCUGGAUCAUAAAGUGGGAGGAGUUAGUGCUGUGAAUGCGCUCAUUUCCACACUUUCCUCUGAGGUGAAGAAGUCCCAGGAGAUUCUGUCUGAACCCUCUAAUGUCGAAGUGCUCAAAUCGUCCUCCUCCGUCAUCAGCAUUAGUCAGUCCAAGAAGGGCAUUAAUGUCAAGGAGAUUUUGAAGAGCUUGGUUGCCGCCCCGAUGGAGGGUGUGGAGGCUGGACUUGAGCCAGUGUCCUUCCCAGACUGUGCUGCAAAGGCCCAGGCUGUGCUGCCAGUGCAGUUUCAGUCCUUUGACAGGAGUGUGGUGGUUCCUGUGAAGAAAACCUCCCCUGGCAGCUUUGCGAUCAACACACUGGGAUCCAGCAGCACCAGCACCUCCCCUGGGCUUUCAAGCUGCAGCACCCCCAACAUCUUUGCCGCUGCCUCUGCAACCCCUAAAAGCAUGAUCAACACCACCGGCGGCGCUGAGGCGGCCUCCGCCUCUGCAUCGUCUUCCACCAGUUUAGUCAACGGCGCGACGAGUAAAAAUCUUCCUGCCGUGCAAACCGUGGCCCCCAUGCCUGAAGACACAGUCGAAAAUAUGAGCAUUACUACAAAAUUAGAGAGAGCAUUGGAGAAGGUGGCUCCCUUGUUGAGAGAGAUCUUUGUGGACUUUGCACCCUUUCUGUCACGGACUCUGCUGGGCAGCCAUGGACAAGAGUUACUAAUUGAAGGUCUCGUAUGUAUGAAGUCAAGCACCUCAGUGGUGGAGCUCGUCAUGCUUCUUUGUUCUCAGGAGUGGCAGAACUCCAUUCAGAAGAAUGCUGGCCUCGCUUUCAUUGAGCUAAUAAAUGAAGGAAGGUUGCUGUGCCAUGCCAUGAAGGACCACAUUGUUCGCGUUGCCAACGAGGCUGAAUUCAUCCUGAACAGACAGCGAGCUGAGGACGUCCACAAACAUGCAGAGUUUGAGUCCAGCUGUGCACAGUAUGCUGCAGACAGGAAAGAAGAAGAGAAGAUGUGUGACCACCUGAUAAGUGCUGCUAAGCAUAGAGAUCAUGUCACAGCCAAUCAACUGAAGCAGAAGAUUGUCAACAUCCUCACCAACAAGCAUGGGGCCUGGGGUAUACCAUGCCAGAGUCAGCUGCAUGACUUCUGGCGUCUCGACUACUGGGAAGAUGACCUGCGGCGAAGGAGGAGGUUUGUCCGAAACCCAUUUGGCUCCACCCACUUGGAUAUAGCGUGCAAGUCCUCACAAGAAUAUGCCUUAAAGGAAGAAAAGGUCGUGAAGUCCAAGCUAGUUUUCCGGAGCCCAACUUUGGCCAGUCAGAACCCAGAAACAGAACUGGUCCUGGAUGGAGAAGACGAUAAUGUCAGCCUGCUCCAUGAAAAGGAGAUGGACAACGUUGGCGGUCCGGUGGUCCUGAGCAGCUCGGCCCAGCUUGUCGCCCCUGUCCUGGUCGCCCGCGGAACUCUGUCCAUCACCACCUCUGAGAUCUACUUUGAGGUGGACGAGGAUGACCCUGCCUUCAAACGGGUCGACCCGAAGGUCUUGGUGUACACAGAUGGUUUGCAUGGCAAAUGGAUGUUCAGUGAGAUUCGGGCGGUUUUUUCCAGGCACUACCUUCUGCAGAAUACUGCAAUGGAGGUUUUCAUGGCUAAUAGAACAUCUGUCAUGUUCAACUUUCCGGACCAAGCCACAGUAAAAAAGAUUGUCUAUUGUCUCCCUCGAGUGGGAGUGGGCACUAGCUACGGACUACCACAAGCAAGGCGGAUCUCCCUGGCAACCCCUCGACAGCUUUUCAAAUCCUCAAACAUGACCCAGCGCUGGCAGAGAAGAGAAAUCUCCAACUUUGAGUAUCUGAUGUUUCUCAACACCAUAGCUGGGAGGACGUAUAAUGACCUGAACCAGUACCCAGUCUUCCCCUGGGUUCUCACCAACUAUGACUCGGAGGAACUGGACUUGACCCUUCCAGGGAACUUCAGAGAUCUCUCCAAGCCUGUUGGUGCAUUGAAUCCAAAGCGUGCAGCAUUUUACUCCGAACGCUAUGAGUCAGGAGAAGAAGACCAGACACCUCCCUAUCAUUACGACUCCCACUACUCCACUGCUGCCACCACUCUGCAUUGGCUCGUCAGAAUAGAGCCCUUCACCACGUUCUUCCUCGGUGCCAACGAUAACAAAUUCGACCAUCCUGAUCGCACAUUUUCUGCCAUCACACGCUCUUGGAGAAACUGUCAAAGAGACACGUCGGAUGUAAAAGAAUUGAUUCCCGAGUUCUACUAUCUCCCAGAGAUGUUUGUUAACAGCAAUGGCUACCAUUUAGGAAUGAGGGAAGAUGGAACCAUGAUCUGUGAUGUGGACUUGCCAGCCUGGGCCAAGAAGCCUGAAGACUUUGUUCGGAUAAACAGGAUGGCCCUGGAAAGCGAGUUUGUGUCAUGUCAGCUGCAUCAGUGGAUUGACCUUAUUUUCGGCUACAAGCAGCGAGGGCCAGAAGCUGUGCGUGCCCUCAACGUAUUUCACCACCUGACUUAUGAGGGCUCCGUCAGCUUGGAAAGUAUUGCUGACCCUUUGCUCAGAGAGGCCACAGAGGCGCAGAUCCAGAGCUUUGGACAGACGCCAUCUCAGUUGCUUAUCGAGCCACAUCCUCCACGCAGCUCCGCCAUGCACCUGUGUUUCCUUCCGCAGAGUCCUCUCAUGUUCAAGGACCAGAUGCAGCAGGACGUCAUCAUGGUGUUAAAGUUUCCAUCCAAUUCGCCGGUUACGCAUGUGGCUGCCAACACCCUGCCCCAUCUCACUAUACCAGCCGUGGUCACCGUCACCUGCAGCCGCUUAUUUGCCGUCAAUCGAUGGCACAACACUGUUGGUCUCCGAGGAGCACCAGGCUAUUCUCUGGAACAGGCCCAUCAUCUCCCUAUAGAGAUGGAUUCUCUGGUUGCCAACAGUACUGGCAGCAACAAGCGUCAGAUCACAGACCUAGUGGACCAAAGCAUCCAAAUCACCACACACUGUUUUGUGGUGACAGCUGACAACCGCUACAUCCUGGUGUGUGGCUUCUGGGACAAGAGCUUCCGUGUGUACUCCUCUGAGACAGGCAAGCUGACCCAGAUCAUUUUUGGCCACUGGGAUGUGGUGACAUGUCUGGCCAGAUCAGAGUCGUACAUCGGAGGCGAUUGCUACAUUGUUUCUGGUUCUCGGGAUGCUACCCUGCUGCUUUGGUACUGGAGUGGACGGCACCAUAUUAUUGGUGACAACCCCAAUCACGGUGACUACCCAGCACCACGAGCAGUUCUGACUGGUCAUGACCAGGAAGUUGUGUGUGUGUCAGUCUGCGCAGAGCUGGGCCUUGUCAUCAGUGGAGCAAAAGAGGGUCCUUGUCUGGUCCACACCAUAACUGGGGACCUUCUACGGGAACUAGAGGGGCCGGACAACUAUCAGUGCCCACGGCUCAUCUCAGUGUCCAGUGAGGGUCACUGCAUCAUCUAUUACGAGAGAGGUCGCUUCUGCAACUUCAGCAUAAAUGGAAAACUGCUGGCACAGAUGGAGGUCAAUGAUUCCACCAGGGCAAUUCUCCUGAGCAGUGAUGGACACAACCUUGUGACAGGUGGAGACAACGGUGUGGUGGAAGUGUGGCAAGCUUGUGACUUCAGACAACUCUACAUCUACCCCGGCUGUGAUGCAGGGAUCCGAGCCAUGGAUCUAUCACAUGAUCAAAGGACCUUGAUCACUGGCAUGGCUUCUGGCAGCAUUGUGGCAUUUAACAUAGAUUUCAACAGAUGGCACUAUGAGCAUCAAAACAGGUACUGAUCAGAUGAAAACUUCCAACAUAAAGGUUGUUGAGAAAACAAAACCUGCUAACCUGUGACUGUGGUGAGCAGAAGAGGAUCCAAAUAGCAAAGAAGGGAUCAAUCAGCAGGAGAACAUCAAAUAUUUUUAUGUUCAUCUGACCUCAGAGGCAACCACAUUCUGAUUCAUCUGCUGCUAUACAAUCUGGACACAUUGUUUUAUUAUUGUACCUUAACACCAGCUAAAGUCUUCUCGAACUGAGACGAGUGGGACUGUUGUGAUUAUGGAGCUGAGGUAAUGUAUGCACAGAUAUUAAAUUCUAAAUGUUUCCCUUUUAACCUGGAAAAAAGUAAAGCAACAUAUCAUUUGACAGAUAUUUGGAAAAAAGUGUAAAGAGAAAGAUCUAAAUGCUGGUGGCAUAACAUUUUUGUUAACUGUAAAAGCUUAAUAUCUAAAUGCUGUGGGACAAGCCAAUGAAAUGAGAGAGGCCAUUGUGCAAGCCAUGAAUUAAUGUAGUCAUCACCUUAAACAUUUGUUAGUAACAUGGAUAAAGCUGCUGUGUGCGCCUAAACAGAGGUUAAUUUGUAUGUUUGUGAAAAGACUAAAUGUUCAUAUAUUUGUUGUUCGUUAAUAUGGAAAAGUGAGUUUUAAUGUAAUCUUAGUCCUUUGUGAUAAAUGUUUUUAAUAUGCCAGCAACAUUUAAAUGUGACAUUGCCUUGUUUUUUUUUUUUUCAAAUAUUUUUAAGUAGGACUAUUAGUUUACAUUUUUUGUUCAAAAGAUGGCUCAAAAAAAUUAAAUGCCAAAUUUGUUAGAUGGUAUCUUUUGAUUUCAAUUUGUAGCAAAACUGACAUUUUGGAAAUGUCAUUUUAAUGACCAUGUUAUUAAUGGUGCAGUAGACAUCAGUUCAUCAAAAAACAUUUGUAUUUUGUAUUCUUUUGCACAAAUGUUUUUAUCAUGUUAAUUCACAAACUGCACUUACUGUCAAUCUGUACUCUCAUAAGCAAUAUUUUGUUUCUGAAUAGAUUUAAGGAAGGUUUUCUGUUACUUGACAUUAGUUAUUGAUGCAGAUAAAAUGCUCUAUUUUAGUAUUGAUUAAAGCUAUUAAAGCAUUACUAUGCUGUUUAUCUGUCAAUCUAUAUGAACAAAAAUAUGCAAAUUAAUGACUUUUUUUUGUUUCUAAGUGCAGGUCUAACAUAAAACCAAUCUACCUAAAGCUAUAAUUUUGCAUGCUAAGAUAUUAAGGUGGCACUGGGUUUACUUUGUGUUCACAUAAAACUUGUUUCAAAAAACAAUCUGUUUUAACUUAUAAAGCAGUGACUAAAUUUCAUGCAGUGUUUUAAUAUUCAUGCAGUGUUUUAAUAUUCCAGCUGUGCAGUGUCAUUUUAAUAUGAUUUAAUUUAAAGGCAACAUAUUUGGAGAUUGUAACUGCAUUAAAAAAAUUAUGGACCCGAGUCAACUUAUGUAGUGUUUCUUUAAAUAAAUGUAAAUUGUAAAUCUGACAUACAAAGGGUGGAUUUUUCUGGAAUAGUGUUUGGUUAUGCUGCCAUCUGCUGUUUGAACAUGGACGUCCUGAGAUCAGUAGUUUAAACUUUUUUUUUUCAGAACAAGUCUUUUGUGUUGCUUUGUUUAAUACAGUAAUGCUUUUCAGGUGGCAAGUCAUGAGGCACCUAAUAUUUUCACAUGAGGAA